AUGACUGGUCGUGGACGUGUCCCUCCUCCGGGAGAUGUAUCAUCUGGUCGUGGGCGUGGGCGUGGGCGCAGAUCUGACUCCGGACAUGGACGUGGGCGGGCAUCAGACUCGGGUGGUGGACAUGGGAGUGCAUCGGACUCCGGUAUUGGACGUGGACGGGCAUCGGACUCCGGUGCUGGACGUGGACGGGCAUCGGGCUCCGGUGCUGGACGUGGACGGGCAUCGGACUCCGGUGCUGGACGUGGACGGGCAUCGGACUCCGGUGCUGGACGUGGGCGGGCAACGGACUCCGGUGCUGGACGUGGGCGGGCAUCGGACUCCGGUAUUGGACCUGAGCGAGCAUCAAACUCUGGUCGUGGUAAUGGACGUGACCACGCUAUAGAGUUGAGUCCUGGGUAUAGUAGGACAUUAGGCCGCGGAUAUGCUGGGAGUAGUAGCCGUGCUGGUGACGCUGAUCCUAUGGCUGAUAUGCAGGGGGUAUUUUGA